CUGACGCACGAACUGCAUGAACAUGAGGAUUUGGGCGCGUCAGCCUCUGACGACGUAAGUAUGUAGCCAAGCGUCUAUCCGUAUCACGGACGGCCAUCGCUAUGCUGUCCCUAUAAUAGCAGGGGCUCGAAUUCGGCGCACUGCCCUGUCCUGGUCUCCGCUGCAGACCUUACAUAAAAGCCGGCAAGGCGCCUUAUAAGCCCUGCAACUGAUCUUCGGCACCCUGUGUGACUGCGGCGGGUCGACCAACUGCGGUACACCGAGCGGAUCUCAAGCCACUCGGACCCACACACGUUCGGACUCGGACACAGACCAUACGGGACGCGCCGUGGUAUAAGGCACCCCGCGGCGGUCGGCUAGCGCGAGAUGGACCACGACCAGGAGCACCUCCCCCCGGACAGCCCGCUCAUGACGAUGUCGCACUCGUUCUUGCACGACGAGAUGCUCAAGCUGUCCAUACCGGGCCCCAGCCGCGACCCGACGUACUACAUCGGCGAUGGAAACACGGUGUUGUUGGUGGAUAAUACGCUGUUCAAGGUCCACCGGUCGAUCCUCAUGAAAGACAAGUCCGCAUUUGAGACGAUGUUCCAGCUGUCAACGGAGGCCGACUCGGCGCGCUCCGACUGCAGCACGACCGUCACGGAAGGAGAGAGCGACGACAACCCCAUACGAUUGCAGGGUGACACCGGCGACGAGUUCCGCGCACUGCUAUGGGCGUUGUACGCACUCCCGCACGAACUCAUGUCAGCCACGUCCUCCGACGCGAACUGCACGAUGCUCGUCAACCUCGCACGCGUCGCGCACAAGUACCAGUUCCGCUCCAUCGAGACCUGGGUGCUCAGCGCCGUCCACAAUUACUACUCGAGGCCAGGCGCGUUCGACCCAGUCCCGACCACCACGCCGCCCACGCUUCCCCCCGCAGCGCCGGCGAACGCGCCGCCUUCACUGGAGCAACUCACAGAGCUCGCCGCGCUCUGCGAGCGGUCCGACCUGCUCGACCUUGCGAUCGCGCGGUGGAAGAAGCAGAUCGGCGAGGGCAAGGACCUCGCGCUCGCGAUCAUCAUCGGCGAGCGCCUCAGCCUGCGGCCCAUAGUGGGCCUCGCGUACCACGCCAUGAUGCUCAAGGGCCGCGCGCACUGGGAGACGGAGUCGACUCUGAGUCGCGACCAGCGCGUCCGCUUGCUGAGCGGGUAUUACGCGCUGACGAAGAUGUGGGAGGCCCUCCCGGGGCAGCCGCCGCCGCUCUCGCACACUGUGCGGUGCACGAGCAACCAGAGGUGCAACAAGGCGUUUGGGCAGCUGUGGAAGGCCGUGCUGGAAGGAGGGUCCGAUAUUUUGCCUGGGCUGCAGAGGGAGGACGUGCUCACGAAGCUGAUGCUCGCGGAGAGCACGAUCAAGGUGUUGCUAGAAAAUAACGGGCAUGUUCUGCUCGGGCAGCCGGUGGAUGGGUUGCCGACGUGCAAAGAGAGCGCGUUAGUGGUGACGGCGUUCAAGGUACGGGAGUUCAAAGAUUCGCUGACCGACUACUUCAUGGACGAUGUUUGAGAUGGCUAUGCAUGACUGUCUCCCGUACGAGCACUCUACUUCUGUGAUAUUUAUGUGAUGCACCUUGGAUUGAUUACCUUGCGACACCUCCGCUAUCAUAUGUUGUCCCGUACCAUGCUGAUAUAGUUCCAAAAUUGUGUAGUAUAAGUAAUUAUGUAGCAUGGUCGUGUGUACUUGUGCAUGUACCAUCAGUCAGCAACGCAACUUGAUUGGUCUCUAGAUAUCGCACUUCACGGUUCCUUCUCACAUGUCACGAUCGUCUUCUCCGAGUAUCCUUCUGUAAGUAUACUGAGAUCAUGCCAGCUGAUAAGAAUUGAUAACGACGCUGUC